GCCUCGUGUCGCCUCUUCGGCCAUCCAACAGGCCCGCGCUUAGAAUUAGUGGAUUGUCAAUUUGGCAACAUGCACUUGCGAGGGCAGAUGAGGUAUAUAAGUGGUUAUCCGUUCGCUUCCCAGGACGAGUUCGAGUGAGCUCGCACCGUCUUCAUCUUCAAUCGCAUCAUCAACCCCCAUCGACCACACUCCACCAUGUCUUCCUCGUCAGCAUCUCAAUCCACACCCCUCAGCAUCACAGACUACAUCGCCCUCAACAACCUCCUCUUCGAAUGGGCGGAAAGCUACGACAAGCAAGACUGGGCGCGGCUGAAGCCCUGUCUAGCCCCGGCCAUCACGCUCGACAUGCGCGCCCUGCUGGCCCGCUCAAAGAACGCCUCUCCCCCGACGAGUUCAUCGCCAUCCACGCCAGUCCGAAAGUCAUUGGCGACCCGCGCGUCAAAACGCAGCACCUCGUUGGCGUGUCGCGGUGGAGUGGAGUCGAGGCGGAUGGGAGCGUGAGGGGCUCGCAUCAGCUGCGGGUUGCGCAUCAGCGGUAUGCGGAUGAGGGGUUGAAGGAGGUGGUGAAUAAGGGGCAUGGGUAUGGGGUUGUGCAUCAGAGUUAUGCGAAGGUGGAGGGGGAGUGGAAGAUUACGGGGAAUGCGCCGACGGUGGAUUGGUCGGAGUAUGAUUUGUUUGGGACGAUGAAUCCGGAUGCUAAGAAGGACUGAGGGCGUCCUUUGUAUAGAGUUCAGAUUGUUUUUCGUAAAG